GCAGGCAGGUCAAGUUCCUGCCGGGCGGUGCGCUCUGGCUCUGCGUCGGGACUCCCUCGCCGUCUCAGUCCUAGGAGAAGGAGACACGGCGCGGAGGGAGCUUCUUUUUUUGCAGGUGGGGCGGACGGGCGCGCCGACUGAGAGCGCCCUCGCCUCGCGCGCACGCCGAAAUGAGGGCCAUCUGCAUUCCUCUCCCGAUAUUGGGUUGACUGUAGCCCUUGGUUAUGGAUGGCCCAAAUGAAGUGGACUUUUCCAACAACAACAUUGCACCAUUGUGGAGGAGGAGGUCAGCCCACCAGACCCAUUUGCAUACGAAGAACAAACCCAGGCCUCAGUCUUAUCAGAGCUCCACUGGGGUUCUCUUCACAGAUUUCCCCUUGGAAGACAAGGAUACGUUUACUUUAACUCAGCCUGAUGAAACUAUAAUAACUUCUCUGGACAGCAGAUCCAUUCAAAGGAGCCCUUUGCUUUUCAGCUGCGGCCUUGGUUCUGUGCCAAAUGGAAAGGUUCGGUUUCCGGAGCAUACGGCUCUCUCUCCUAGGUUUUCUGACCAGUCACCCCAAAUACUGAAAAUGGUUUCAAAUAAUUCUAUAAAUUUUACAGCCAGUGGUCCUAUAAAUUCAGCAAGCAGCAAGCUAGCUCACCCAGGGAGGAUUUCCAAUCGAGCAGCACUUUGUCCAGAGAAGGAACAAAUUGUUUUCUCAUCAAGCCUUGGAUUGUCGCCUACGGAAAUCGUGCAUUCGCCAAAUAACAACACAACCACCGCCUCAGCGUUGCAACCCAGCCAGCUUCCUAAAAGCUCAGAGAAGGCAUCUGUUUGCCUGUCUGCUUCCUUGGAACAGCAGCAUCUGCCUCUCCAAAGACUGCCGUCAAAUCAGAAUGAGCUUGCAGAAACACCGCCCGUGGUUCUGAGUACGCACAGUCCUGCCGCGUUGAAAGUGGGGAAGCAGCAGAUCAUCCCUAAGAGUUUGGCUACUGAAAUAAAAGUAACCAACAAAGCUAAUAGCCAGAAUGUGGAACCAAGCAGGAGGGCUCUCAAGGUCCGUAGCAUGGUGGAGACCCUUGGGUUGCCUUUGGUAGCUGGUGGAGGCGAAGAAGCAGAAGCGGAUGUGGACAGUCCAGGGAUGCUGAAACGUAGUUUGAGGUCUACUUCCUAUCGGCGGGCUGUUGUGAGUGGCAUUGACUUUGACAGCAGUGCCAGCUUUAAGACAAAAAACAGGAUGUCCCAGCCAGUUCUGAAGGCUGUUGUGGAAGAUAAGGAGAAAUUCUCUAGCUUAGGAAGAAUAAAGAAGAAAAUGCCAAAAGGACAAGGGACCUUUGAUGGAGACGAAAAUGCUGUGUUGUAUCAGAACUACAAAGAAAAGGCUCUGGAUAUAGAUUCUGAUGAAGAGGUAGAAUUGAAAGAACAGAAGUCAGAUGAAAAAAUAGUUAUUCAGUACAAACCUCUGAGAUCAACAUGGAGUCAGUUGUCUGCGGUGAAGAAGAAUGGGCUAUACCAGACCAUCAGCCAAGAAGAAAGGAAAAGGCAAGAGGCUAUAUUUGAAGUUAUAUCUUCAGAACAUUCAUACUUGCUCAGUCUGGAAAUCCUGAUCCGUAUGUUUAAGAACUCCAAAGAACUGGGCACUACAAUGACCAAAACAGAAAACCAUCACCUUUUUUCCAAUAUUGCGGAUGUCUGCGAAGCAAGCAAGAAGUUCUUUAGGGAGCUUGAAGCAAGGCAUCAGAAUAAUAUCUUCAUAGAUGAUAUCAGUGAUAUUGUGGAAAAGCAUACUACAUCAACCUUUGACCCUUAUGUGAAGUAUUGCACAAAUGAAGUCUACCAGCAGCGAACACUCCAGAAACUACUGGCUACAAAUCCAGCAUUCAAGGAAGUAUUGUCGCGGAUUGAGUCCCAAGAAGAAUGCAGAAACUUACCUAUGAUUUCUUUCCUCAUUCUCCCAAUGCAGAGGGUCACGCGACUUCCACUGCUGAUGGAUACUAUUUGCCAGAAAACGCCCAAAGAGUCACCAAAAUACGAAGCUUGCAAACGAGCUUUAAAAGAAGUAAGCAAGUUGGUUCGCCUCUGCAAUGAAGGUGCUCGAACAAUGGAAAGGACAGAAAUGAUGUACACUAUCAACUCCCAGCUGGAAUUCAAAAUCAAGCCAUUUCCAUUGGUUUCUUCUUCCCGAUGGCUAGUGAAAAGAGGUGAAUUGAUAGCGUAUGUGGAAGACACUGGGCUUUUCUCUAAAAGGACUUCUAAGCAACAAGUGUACUUCUUCCUCUUCAAUGAUGUCCUCAUUAUCACAAAAAAGAAAAGUGAAGAGAGCUACAAUGUCACAGACUAUUCCUUAAGGGAUCAACUGUUAGUUGAACAGUGUGACAGCGAAGAGCUGAAUUCCUCCCCUGUAAAAAACAGCACACCUAUUCUUUACUCUCGGCAGACUUCUGCAAAUCACCUCUUCAGAUUAACUGUCCUAAACAACCAUGCAGGAGAGAAGAUUGAACUCCUGCUGGGAACUGAAACUCAAAAUGAGCGUGCUCGCUGGAUUACUGCACUUGGGAAGAGUAGUGAUAGAGGGACCGUUGACCGGACAACACUAACCCAGGUAGAAGUCAUCAGAUCAUACACUGCGAAGCAAUCAGAUGAGUUAUCUCUCCAAGUUGCUGAUGUAGUUCUGGUCUCUCAGAAAGUUAAUGAUGGUUGGUAUGAAGGUGAGCGACUGCGGGACGGAGAGAGAGGCUGGUUCCCAAUGGAAUGUGCCAAGGAGAUCACUUGCCAAGCUACAAUUGAGAAGAACAUGGAAAGAAUGGGACGCUUGCUGGGCCUAGAAACAAACGUAUAGACCCCCACUGCCAUAUCUGUUCUCUAGGGUUUGCACUAAGGAACAUCUGGGGCUUUUUGCUCUCAUCCAGAUGGCCAUUUUAUAGUUGAAGCAUGUAAGAAGAAAGACUCGCAGAUACGUGUCAUCAUUAGGAAUGGAAGCAGCCAUAAAGCAAUUGCAUGCUGGUGGGGCUGUUCAGUACAAAGCAGUGGCAGGUCGAACUUUUUAUUUCUUUUUUAUAACCAAUAGUCACUUUUAAUUAAAACCCGAUUUUACACUUA